AUGAAGUCCACAACACCGCCCGCGAAAUGGGCAUCCCUUGUCUCGAUGAUGGCGCCGCGCAUGAUUCUGGCGGCACUGCAGCCUCCGUUCAUCGAUCCGAAUAGUCUCCCUGACACGCCGGUCUUUAGGGGACCUUGGGAAAGAUAUAUAAAAGCACCAGCAGACAAGACCUAUAUCGUUCCGCAUCGCAUAUGGGACGUGGAAGGGAACAUCACGACGUCGGGUCUGGAGGCCGUGGAGGUCGGCGUCGAAGCGGGACGUACGUUCCACCACGGCAUCACUAUUGGGCCUGGCGGGAUGUUGACGCUGGAGUUUGAGGAGAACAUUGCUGGACGUGUAUGCUUCGAUGUAUCGUCCACCGGAAACGACCCCGAGAUCUCCCUAGCGUACUCCGAGUCCUCAUUAUAUGCCGGACCGCAGCCGGACACCACGACCGAGAAGUUAGACCGAGACCUGCCAUUACACUUUGAAUUUGACGACAGGACCGGCACAGUCUGCGUUGGCAAGGACUUUAUUCGCGGCGGCUUCAAGUACCUCACGUUGACGAUGCCGGAAUACCCUGUUCUGACAGACGAUCGCUUCGUGGAGGUACCCCGGCCUCAAGGUCAGGCAGUAUUAGAAGAGGACGAGAAACAAGUACCACUCGAAGGAGCUGCCGACAGAGACCCGUACAAGAAGCCUUGGGUUACGCUUAAGGGCCUCUGGGUAAACUGCACCGCCUUUCCCUCGCAGUCCAACGGUCGUGCGUAUUCGGGCUACUUCCACAGCUCGAGCGACAUGCUCAAUCGCAUCUGGUACGCCGGCGCAUACACUCUCCAGCUCUCGACAAUCGACCCUCGAGAAGGCUCGGCCAUCAUCGACUACAACCGCGACUGGGACCAUAACGAGUCGCCGACGGGUUCUUGGUACUCCAACUUCACUAUCGCAAACGGCACGGCUGUCACGACCGAUGGCGCAAAGCGUGAUCGCGUCGUUUGGCCCGGCGACAUGUUUAUUGCGGUACCUGGUAUCGCCGUCAGCACAUAUGACAUGGUAGCUGUCCGCAAUGCCCUCAACGUACUUUUCGAUCAUCAGUACGCGGAUGGAUCAUUGCCAUGGGCCGGCCCGCCGUUGGGCCUCCACGGCGAGUUCAGUGAUACAUAUCACUUGCACACUCUGCUGGGCGCCUACAACUACGUCAAGUACUCUGGAGACUUAGAUUGGCUGGCAGAACGAUGGCCGGCCUAUGUCAAGGCUCUCAACGUCAGCAUCGACAAGGUGGACCACACCGGCCUCCUCCACGUCACCAGCGCCGCAGACUGGCUGCGCCCAGGGAUGACAGGCCACAACCUCGAAGCCAGCGCGAUCCUGAGCGCCGUUUUGGAAAAGAGCAUCAAGCUAGCAGGGUGGCUCCACGACGACAGCCCUGCGGCACGUCCGCGAGGGGUUUGGUCGGGCGUGCGCCGCGCUCUCAACGCCGGCAUUCAGCAACUCUACUGCGGAGACACCGGUCUGUACUCGGACAAUAUCGGCCGGCGCAGCUGUCGCGGCCCCGAGCACACCGACCCCCAAGACGGCAACAGCUGGGCCCUCAUCUCCGGUGCCACGCCGCGCUCCCGACGUGCGGUCGUCUCCGAGAGACUUCGAUCCCGCUGGGGCAAGUACGGCGCUCCCGCGGUUGAAUUCCCCAACGUCAUCUCGCCCUUUGUCUCCUCCUUUGAGCUCCUCGCCCACGCUGCGGCUGACGAGCACGACUCCGCCGUCGAGCUGAUGCUCCUCGAGUGGUCCUACCUCCUCGACGGGCCGGGCUUCACGAACAGCACGCUGGUUGAGGGCUUCAUGGUCGACGGCGGCCUACAGUACCCGGCCUACCGGUCCGCAGCCCGCAACUCCCACUGUCACGGCUGGUCCUCAGGUCCCACGAGCGCCCUUACCUCGGAGAUCCUGGGGAUCCAGCUCCUUGCCCCUGCCGGUGCAGAGUGGACCGUCCGCCCGCACCUUACAAAGUGGCUCAGCUUCGCGAGAGGAGGGUUCGCGACAGCCCAGGGCGUCUUUGAAGUCAAGCUUACCCGUGUUGUCACGUCGACAUCCUCCGCGGCAACGAACCAGCAGAAGCGGCGGAGAGGUCAGAUCGUUGAGAUUACCGCCCCGGGGUUCACCAGCGGGACGUUCGAGUGGGGUUCUGCCUCGCUCAAGAUUGACGUUGAGGGCGGCAAGACGAUGGCCUGGAUCGCGUGGGAAGACGACGGGUCGGGCGCGGUCGUGGAGCAGCUCGACGUGGCGUUAGGCAGGAUCGAGGCGUCUAGUGAAGAUGAAUGGCACCGUCAGAGCUUCAUUUACCGCGACGAUGUCCGGUUGGUCUUUGAUGAAGCGUGGGCGCCGCCGCAGAUGGUUGAGAGGGAGGCCGGAGUGGUUGACUGGGAUGCGCUGGAAGCAAACUACGUCACGUCCCUGCGCGAGAUGUCGCGAGAUGGGGGUUCAUGA